AUGCCACUGCCAAACCUCAGGCGCAUCUUCAGCUCCUCGAGAACAGACGACCAAGAAAGGGCUGUCUCAAGACAAGCGUUCUUCCGAUUCUGCAGCUUCCUCACGUCGUGCGCCGUCAUUGCACUUCUCAGCAGUCCCAAACGCAGACGGGCCAUCGGCCUACCUGGAUCUUACGUCAAGAAUGAGCCGUCAACACCACCGCGUCCGCCGAUCCCACCGCGCCCACAGUCGAUUGGCAAGCCUGGUGCGCCACGAGCUCCACCCUCUUACUCACCAUCUGCUCUGACGCUCACCAACCUGACGUCUGGCGAGAGAGUCUUCACACGUCUGCUGGUUGUCGAGGGAACGGUGCAAGGCAAUCAAGAUGGAACAAUCACUGUCAUCAACGAUGCCGCAUCCGGCUUCAAGGCGCAGAGCUGGGAGAUCAACCAGGGCCAUUUCAAGGCGCUGGUGCCUCUCACUGUCGGCCCUAACAAGUUGGCUUUCGAAUGGAAGACUCCUGACCAGGAAGGAAAAGAGACGAUACCGAUCAGCUACGACAGACCGAAAGGAGCGCCUCCGCUGCAUCUCGCAAUCGUGGCAGCGUGCGACUCACCGGUGUGGAUCAAUGGAGGCCGCAAGCCACCCACUGUCCCAGUUAAACCAGGUCAGCAACCCUCCAGCCCCUCUGCCAAGGGAGACAAGGUCUCUCGCUUCCUCAAUAGAGCCAUGGACAAGCUCGAUCUGGGCUCCGGUACGGACGCUGUGGCCGAAACAGAUCGCGCGAUUGUUGACACACCUCCCGGGCCACGACGCGAAGCGUUCAGAUUAGGCGGCUUGGUAGAGGUCAAGCGGCGAAUUGCUUUGCAGGCCUAUCUGUGGCAGGCAUUCCACGCCGAGCAGAUGCGACGACACGGCAUGGGCCGAAGGGCGUUUCAAUUGGACGACGAGGAAGCAUUUGCAAAAGGCGAGCGUUCCUUGGAGUUGCUCCCGCGCAUCCAUCUGCUCAAGUCGCGGCAUACACUUCAAGAAUUUAGAGAUCCGAAUAAUGCACAGCAGAAGCAGGGCGCGGGCAACGCUGGGGCAAUGCAUGCUUUCGCUGCUGAAGCACUCCACGAUCCGUCCACGCCUCGACAGCUCCACUGGUCGCCGGUGGCCGUGCUGACGCUGGACACGAUGUACGAUCCCAAGAUGCGGCUGAUCCGCGGACAUGCUGCUCUGGGUGCUGGUGGACCAGGUGGUCUUUCGCAUGGUGUGAUGGGCAGUCACUGGCUGUGGGCCGCUCCGUCGUCCUUGGGUGAGAUCACCUCCGCGUUCCUCGACACGGAGCCUACAGACGCGUGCUGUGUCAACGACCUCAAUGAAUGCCCUACCGCAUGGCAGACGCUCAACAUUGGCUCUGGUGCGUUCUUCCACGAAGCAGGUCAUGCGCUGAACAACCCUCACUGGCCGUCUGGGCUGAUGGCUAGAGGGUACGUGGAGUGGAAUCGCGCCUUCAUGACACGAGAGCCCGGGUGCAAGAGAAAUGGUCUCCCGUCGGGCCGCUUCUUCGCCCCGAUUCACGCCGGCAAUGACGACAAGCACAACCACAUCCACCGAGCGCAAGCCGUGCGUGCUCGAUGGCAUCCCUGCUUCCACAUCCCCUCCGAUCCGCCACUGCCCUACCUCGAAUCAAGACCCGCGUCGUGGAGCCAAUGGAACGAGAACGAACCCUCGUGGACAGGCACCCCACGCGGUGCGCUCGUCAAGUGCGCAUCCGGCAUCGGCGCGAUUGAAAUCGAAGUCAACGGGCAGUACAAGACGCACAUCGAGUGGCUGUACCUUCCCUCUGCCUCCUCACCUGCGCAGCUCCCACCGAAGGAGACCCUGAUCGACGCGGCAUACCUCAGCAACCUCGUCGGCUUCGAUGUGAUGCAACACACCUCGUCGCACGUCAAACUCACUGCUCUUGGCUGCAACAUGCGCCAAGCCGAGUUGGACGGGUUUCGCGAGCAUGGUGUCGCGCGAUCGCUCCAAAUCCCCGGCAUCGACCCAUCGCGUGACGUCUUUCGCACCCUCUCGCUCGGCCAGAUCAACCGCCGGGGCCAGCAGUGGGAUCUCAUCUUCCCGCACGCACGUGAUGAUGCGCCACCAGGGACGCUGGUCGCGAUCGAGAUCUUCAGUGGUAUGAGCCUGGACGGGUUGAAGCUGCACUAUUCCACCGGGGCAGUGUGUCAGUUCGGUCCAUGCGGCGGAUCGCCAUAUCGGAUGAAGGUCGAGUACGGCGAUAAGGUGCAGAGGCUCAAUGUCAGGGCGGGCCAGUGGAUCGAUGCGAUCGAGGUGGUGUUCAAGAGUGGGAGGAGUAGCGGGAUGAGAGGCAAUACUACGGGUGGGUCGUUGAAGGUGCUCGAGCCGGCUGAUGCAAGGGGGGAGGUGAUAGGGCUCUUUGGCACCAGUGGUGACUGGAUGGACUCUAUUGGUGCCUACACGAGCACACCACGCUAG